AUGUCAACAACAACAACAACAAACCAAACUUCUUCUUCUUCUUUAGUAAAAGUUGGUGUCGAAGGGAAGAAAUUAGAAUAUGAAUUAUUCAAACUGGUGUUUGAUAAUAGGUAUCUGUCACGUUGUAUAUUUAAUCAAGUUGGAGGUAUUCAUAGAACGUUAUCACUCAACUCGAUGCUUUUUAGCUCGUACGGGGUGCCGUAUCAAACACACGUAGACAGUCGGUCGGCAGUGUGGUCGGUUCUUAGUGGCGAUCAAGACCGAAUAAAGUAUCUAGAAGCAAUAGGGUACAAACACGGUCCUAGAAAGUAUAAUCCUGCCAAUCGAAUCAGUUUUAAUUUCCCCUCCUCAACUACCACUACUUUGACUACGACGGCGGCGGCGGUUAACAAACAACAACCAGAGUUUACAUUUCAAUCAUUGAUAUGGAGAGGCUAUAGUGAUUGGAUAGACGAUGAAGGUGAAUCGGCCGAGAUUAUGGACAAACUCUAUCAACUGUACACACCAACCAUUUUGAAAAAAUACAACUCUCAACUACAAGAUUACUUUCAUUCCAAAUUAAAAGAAAUGAUUGAUCAGUACAACAUUAAUUUAAAAAGACAACAACAACAACAACAAAAGAAUAAUAGUAAUAAUAAUAAGGAAACAAAAGAAGAGACCAAAGUAGAAAAAUGGGAAGAUAAUCCAAACCCAAGCAAUUGGUUUACAAAAAAAGAAUUAAAUUUAUUGUUUAUUUAUUUUGUGGCAUUGGAAGAGGACAUUGGUUUAAAGAAUGCAUUCACGGCAUCUACGGUAAAGUUAUUGUUACAUGGUAAUAGCCCGAUCGUGAUAACUUAUUUUGUCAGUAAUACGACACCUCGAAACUUGACAAUGAUGAACUUCAUUUUCAAUAUUUCUUCGCAGAUCAAUCUAGAGUUGUUCAACUAUGCACUGGACAGUUUCAAAGAGUUUUACGAUACUGACACUAUUCGUCGUACACUUCACCAUAUGCUGGUUGAAUCAAUCGGCGCUGGAGAAUAUGUUAGUACACGUAAUAUAUUGGCGUGUGGUAGACUGCCACUAAUAGACUAUUCAACACAAUCAAGUGUUCUCAACCCAUUCCUACUCGACCACUAUGUAGCCAUUGGCAACGAUUUUUUCAGACGACCAGAACACAACAUCACAAAAGUAAACCAACGAUACUGGUUAGAUAUCUAUAAAUGCGCAGCACUGUCGCUUCGAAACGAUGUCAUGGAGUCAUUCUUUAGCAUUCCAGUCAUCACUGAUCCAAAUGAUGUCGCAACUAUUCUAAAAUACGCCAUUCAAGGUGCAAAUUAUUUAAUGGCUUUGCGUAUCAGAGAUAGAAACCUCAUCUCUGAAAGGUAUGCUCGUGAUGUAUUCACAUCAUUUGUCAAACAAAUUCCUAUACUCUGUUCCAACAGAGUAGACGCUGCUAUUGAUUUUGCUUGGACUUGGGAAGACGGUCUUGUAUUGGAUACUUGGAGUACAGUUGUUCAAGUUGCCAUUUCAAAUCAAAGAUUAGAUGUAUUAUUAAAAUUAAAAGAACAUGAAAUUUUAGAUAGUGAUUUCCAAAUUUAUGUUAAACCAAUGGUUAUUAAACAUACUAUAUUCCUACUUGAAUGCAUGGAGGCGUUGCCAGCCAAUUGUUUUUCUAGUGAAGAUUUGAGUGUACAGACGUGGAAGAGUAUCAUCAGAAAGGCAAAGGUCAAGCAUGUACUAGAUCAAGUGGGCAAGGUAAUAGAACGAUAUUUUGAUUUGGAAAUUCAUAAAUGUGAAUAUACAAAAUAUCAGGUUAAAAGUUUCCUAUCUCGUAGUUAUAUUGGUUCUUCUUACAAGUAUUAUGCAGACGAAAAAUAUUAA